AGACAAGAGUUUUCCCAUGCUGAUCCACGGUCACGUCAGUCCACUUGGUUGACACCUAUGUACUAGACUGCGUCAUGUUGUUCCGUCGUGCUGGAUAGAGGAACAUCAGCAGCAGACUGCCAUCUGUGUCUUUUAUCAUCAUCAUAAAACUAUAACUACAGUUAAGGAAAUUAAUCGGUAAAUACUGUCGGUUGGUUUUUGUGAAUCCAACAUGAUGUUCAGGGGCUUUUUUCCGCCGUGCUAACGCUAACGGCUAGUCAGCUAAACUUAGCGUUUAAGCUAGCGUUAACCCAGUUUACCGCUCACUUGAAGUUACAAAGUUGACGCGGUUAAAACUUUACCUAUAACAAACCAGACUGGCACUGGAUGUGGAACUUUUCUCUUUUAAUUUUUCUUUUCUCACCAAUACAUUAGCUACGUUCUAACAAUUUUCCCAACGGCCGAUAGUGGAGACUUUUUGUCUGCAUGGAACCCGCUGCUCUUUUUCCUAGGAGCUACCCAAACCUUCAGGUGGUGACACGUGUAGUCGAUAACGACCACGGGGACUUUAUGGUGAGGAGAGAGGUCAGAAGCGCUGCUUUGUCGGUUCUACGAGAGCAUGAUGAUAGAACCACACCACAGUUUCGCAACCGUAAAGGCAGAGGUCCUCACAAGGGUCGGCCAUAUGACAGGUCCCGCAGAGACCGCCAACGGGGAGGCUUCGGAGGUCCUGGACCACGGUCUAGACUUGAAGAUAUUGAUGGAGAUGUAACUAUGAGUGACAGCUCUCAGGACAGCAGCUACCAGCACAGAUUUAACCCAUUUGGAAGACCCCUUCGGAAAGGAGAUGGCCGGUUUGACAGAGACAGGCGACAAGGCAAAAUGGGAGGCGGUGGUGGCAGAGGAGGAGGAGGUGGCUUCAAAGGAGGAGACCGAGUUGGGGGAGGCAGCAUGGGAGGAGGGAAGAACCGUACAGGCUGGUACAAAGUAACGAUACCACAUGGAAGAAAAUAUGAAAAGAAAUCACCUGUACAGUACCAUGUUGACCAUAACAAGGUCCAUUUCUACGUGGAUGAUUCCUCUGCUGCCAGUGCCUUGCACAAAUGUUCUCACAAGAUCUCAGAUCCAGAUGGUUACAAGGUGGAAGUGCAUGUCAAUGACAGUGCUCCACCAUCAUUCCUUCCGUCUGACCUGAAGCCUGAGCAUUUGGAGCACCUGAAGCAAUGCAUGGCAAAACGUUUUGAUGGCUCUCAGCAAGCACUGGACUUGAACAACAUUCGAACAGACCCAGAUCUGGUGUCCCACAACAUUGAAAUUGUCCUGAAUUGGAAGACAAACAUGGAAGCUGUCAUCAAGAUCAUUGAAGAAAACAUUCCAGAGCUGACGAGCUUGAACCUGAGUAACAACCGCAUUCAAAAACUGGAUGAACUGGCUGAAUUGGUUACCAAGGUGCCCAAUCUGAAGACACUCAACCUUUCCCACAAUGAGCUGAAAUCUGACCGGGAGCUGGAUAAGGUGAAAGGUCUGAAGCUGGUGGAGCUGUGGCUGAACAAGAACCCUCUGUGUAACCACUUCAAGGAUCAUGCCUCAUACAUCAGUGCUGUGCGUCAGAGGUUUCCUCGGCUUCUCAAACUGGAUGGACAAGACCUGCCCCCACCCAUUGGAUUUGAUGUGGAAACGCCCACCACUAUCCCCCCGUGCAAGGGCAGCAGUUUUGGAUCAGAUGAAUUCAAGGUUCUCAUCCUUCACUUCUUGCAACAGUACUACAGUAUAUAUGACUCUGGGGACAGACAGCCACUCCUGGAUGCUUACCAUGAUGGAGCAUCGUUAUCCCUCACAACACCAUACUCCACACAGAACCCAUCUAGGAGCAGUCUGGGAGAGUAUCACAAAGACAGUCGAAACCUGAAGAGGAUCAAAGACUCCACAAUGCGGUUUCGGCUGCUGAAGCACACACGACUGAACGUGGUGGCUUUUCUCAACGAGUUGCCCAAAACGCAGCAUGACAUCGCCUCCUUUACUGUCGAUGUAAACACCUACACUAGCACACUACUGUCAUUCACAGUGAGCGGUGUCUUUAAAGAAGUUGCUGUUGACGGUAAAUCCCGAGACUCAACCAUGGCCUUCUCUCGCGUUUUCAUCACAGUCCCAGCAGGGACUUCUGGGUUGUGCAUCGUCAACGACCAGCUUUUCAUCCGAAUGGCCACAACAGAGGAGAUUAGGCGAGCCUUUGUGGCUCCUGCCCCGACUCCAUCUUCCAGCCCUGUCCCCACCCUCACUGCACCGCAGCAGGAGAUGCUCACAGCCUUCUCACUGAAGUCUGGCAUGAACCUGGAAUGGUCCCAAAAGUGUCUGCAAGACAAUGAGUGGGAUUUCAACAGAGCGGCACAUAUCUUCACUCAGUUAAAGAGGGAAGGCCAGAUUCCUGAUGUUGCAUUCAUAAAAUGAAGAGAUGAACAAUACUUGUGUGAAAUUAAAUCUCCUAUAAUUUUAUUUAUCAGUUUUGUUUUAUUCUUUACAAAUAAUGUAGAUUCAGCAUACUUAUGUUAAAUGUUUUAAAAUGUCACAUUGAUCUGAAGACUGUCUUAAUACAGUGGUUGGCUAUCGUAACUUUAGUUUCUGAAAAUUUGUAUAUAAAUCACUACAUGGUUUCAUAGGAAUAAAGAUGUUUAACAUUGUUUAUAUUGAUUUGUUAUAUUACACUUGACAAUAAAAAUUUUGUCAUAA